GGUGUGGAAUGGCGUUGUGAUGAGACUACUAAGAAAGCUUGUUAUAGUAAAGGCAAAUCAACGGAAGAGUGCCAGAAUUAUAUUCGUGUUCUCCUGAUUGGUGGAGAUAGAUUAUUUGCAUGUGGAACUAAUGCAUUUACACCCAUUUGCACUAAUCGGACGCUAAGUAACCUGGAAGAGACACAUGAUCAGAUCAGUGGCAUGGCACGCUGUCCUUAUAGCCCUCAGCACAAUUCUACAGCUCUCCUUGCAAGCACCGGUGAGUUAUAUGCAGCAACCGUCAUGGACUUUCCAGGGAGAGAUCCGGCAAUUUAUCGCAGCUUGGGUAUUCUCCCUCCACUUCGGACUGCACAGUACAACUCUAAGUGGCUGAAUGAACCAAAUUUUGUGUCUUCAUAUGACAUCGGAAACUUCAUCUACUUUUUCUUCCGAGAGAAUGCAGUGGAACAUGACUGUGGGAAAAUAGUUUUUUCUCGGGCUGCUCGAGUUUGUAAGAAUGACAUUGGUGGCAGAUUUUUGCUGGAAGAUACUUGGACCACCUUCAUGAAAGCGCGUUUGAAUUGCUCCCACCCUGGAGAAAUUCCAUUUUACUACAAUGAAUUACAGAGUACGUUCUUCCUGCCAGAACUGGAAUUAAUCUACGGGAUCUUUACCACUAAUGUGAACAGUGUAGCCGUUUCAGCUGUUUGUGUGUUUAACAUGACUGCAAUAACUCAUGUCUUUAGUGGGUCAUUCAAAUACCAAGAAAACUCUCGUUCUGCCUGGCUUCCUUAUCCCAACCCUAAUCCUAAUUUUCAGUGUGGCACCAUGGAUCAAGGCCUGUAUUUGAACCUGACAGAGAGGAAUCUCCAAGAUGCCCAAAAGUUUAUUUUGAUGCAUGAAGUGAUCCAACCUAUCACACCAGUUCCUUACUUCAUGGAGGACAAUAGCCGCUUUUCCCAUGUGGUUGUGGAUGUGGUACAAGGAAAAGAAAUGCUUUUUCAUAUAAUUUAUUUGGCCACAGAUCAUGGGACAAUUAAGAAAAUCCUUGCUCCAGUUAAUCAGACAGCCAGCAGUUGUUUGCUAGAGGAGAUACACAUCUUUCCAAAGAAGCAAUGGGAGCCCAUCAAGAGCCUUCAGAUUUUACACAGUCAGAGCGCUCUCUAUGUGGGUCUUCAGAGAAGUGUGGUGAAGAUCCCACUGAAGAGAUGCCAGUUUUAUAAAACAUUCAGCACAUGUGUUGGAUCCCAGGAUCCUUAUUGUGGCUGGGACUUAGUGCUAAGGAAAUGCACACCAUUGGAAGAAAGCUUGAGCAUGAGUCAAUGGGAGCAGAGCAUCUCUCUCUGUCCAAAGAGGAAUUUGACUGUGGAUGGCCAUUUUGGAUCCUGGUCAGAAUGGAAGCCUUGUACACACGUAGAUGGAUCAAGUGUAGGCAUUUGCCUCUGUAGAACACGCCUAUGUGACAAUCCAGUUCCAAAAUGUGGGGGCCGCCAGUGUGAAGGGUCAAGCAUUGAGAUUGUUAACUGCUCUAGGUAUUGCAAUGAGCAUUUGUUGUGUUCUCCUCAUGUGUUCUGGACUGGCUGGGGUGUAUGGGAACGUUGCACAGCCCAGUGUGGAGGAGGCAUUCAGGCUCGCCACCGAACUUGUGAAAAUGGCCCAGAUUGUCCGGGUUGCAGUGUUAAUUUAAUCUGUUCCACAUGACUGCUGUGGGGUUGAGUAGCUCAAUUCUUGGGUGCCUUCUGACUCUUCUGGUCUACACUUAUUGCCAGCGAUAUCAACAGCAGUCUCAUGAUGCCACCGUCAUUCAUCCAGUAUCCCCAGCACCUCUGAACACCAACAUCACCAAUCACCUCAACAAACUGGACAAGUAUGAUUCUGUAGAUGCCAUUAAGGCAUUUAAUAAAAAUAAUCUCAUCCUAGAAGAACAAAACAAGUACUUCAAUCCACAUCUCACCGCAAAAGCGUAUUCCAAUGCCUAUUUUACAGAUUUGAAUCACUACGAUGAAUAUUAAAAAGGCAUCUGCUAAUUUCAUCUGGGUCUCCAAGAUGUGAACCCUCUGUGUGAAUAUCGAAUUGUUAAUACCAUGUUGUUGCCAGCUUUAACACAACAAAAAAGCACUCAGUUGUGUUGGUACAAUCUUGCAGUAAAGAAACAAACUUUGGUAAUGCAAUAUUUGUAUUGUGUUGUACAUUGGAAUUAUACAGGCAAGAAAUGAAAUGUCUGGGGGAGGAUACUUUGAGGCUUGCUACCAUCCUACUAAUUCAUCUCUUCAGUUUCUCAGUUAUAUAUUGGAAGGGCCAUAGCCUGCCUUCUGGAUGCAGCAUUCUCAUUUGCCUAAGAGACGAUUCUUCCAUGAAUGGGAAGCCAAAACCAAGAAAAUAACAGAUUAUUGAAUGAAAUUACUCUUAGCAGCAGAGGCCUUGAGAACUUCAUCCUCCAUGCCAGACUAGGAUGUUGAUGCGGUAUGUCCUAAAGAAGCUGGUAGCUUGUAUGUCUACACCAUCAGGGUGCAAGCUAAGUUGCUGGCAUGUGCCACAGAGGAGCAGAAGAACAAGCAACAUAGCAAAUCUAGAAAUAGGCAGGCACUGUUCGUUUCAAUCGGUCAGGAUGGGACGAUUCAUAAAAAAUAAAUAAGGGCUCGCUGAAUUCUGCAUGAUAUUGGCAUAGAUAGAAUUCUGUACCAAACAAGGUACUUGCAUCUUGGGCACCAGUUUUCAGCCUGUAUGUAAGGAUCCAUCUGGAAUGUUCAUUAUGAAAUUGACAAACUGUGUUUUAUAUUUUUGUUGCAUUUAUAAACUGAAAGAAAAAGGAAAAAAACCUGCAAAAGUGAAACCAAAACAGCAACAAAAAACCUUACUCUAAGACAUAUCAAACUUCAAACAACUCAUUUCUUAAACUCAGCCCUAAACAUUCUUUAUGGAAUAAUAUUGUUCAAUCUUUCUAUUACAACUCUAAAGAAACAGGCUAGCUCUCUAUCUUUCAAAAGAGUAAAUUGUUUUGCAAAACUCUGUCUCCUUCUCUGCCAUUCAAUUGUUUAUUCCCUUGAAUAUUUUAGGCCAUUUUAAUUUCAUUUGAAAAUUACAUUCUUGUAUUUUUUACACUAAUAAUUUCCCCAAAAACUUUCCGUGUACCCCUUGUUUUUUUUAAUGUUUCCCUAGGAGGGCAUAUCACCCACUUUCUAAAUUCUGCUGUAUUGUAUUUACGUUUAUUGUUUAUUCACCAAAUUAAAUUUCCACCUCCAAGUUUCAGAACUAAAUUUAGUUGAAAGGGUAUCAUCAUGAGCCAGCAAAAGGCCCCAAAUUUUAUUGAAAUCCCCAGCCUUAAUUAUCCGCCACUAAAAUAAAAAUAAAAACUUUGUAAAAUGUUUAGAUGGUACUUAUUGAGUUAAUGAAUUUAAAUUAUUAUAUAAAGAAAACAUAAUGUGGUUGUUAAAACUUUUAAAUGCCACUAUUGAAAAGGAUCUAGAUCACCACAAAUUUUGAAGUUUUACUGAUUUAAAUGAUUCUGCCUUGGUAGAUUUUGAAUUUCCAAUAAUAAAUACUUGACCAAGACAUCUUUUGAAUAAAAUAUAUCUCUUGUAUAGAAGAAUAUAGAAUGGUGGAGGGGCCGUUUAAUAUUUUUUUCCAUUUGGCAAGUAAUUGUUUUUUAAACAUCCAUCUAAGAUUUUUUUUUUUACAUUCCAUGAUAAAGACAACAUACUUUUAAAAAAACAUGGAACCAAGGAACCACAUAACCAAGGAAUUUAAAAAAGAGAGACAUCCUAUUUAGGAACUAAAAACUCCAUGAUAAUGGAGUUAUCCUGAUUAAAAAAAUGGGAUGGAAAUUUUUUAAAAACUAAAAAGAAAUAGUUAUAAUCCCAGUGAAUGAGAUGUGUUGAAAAUAUAUACAAGAACAACCCUCAUCACAAGCCAAAUGGCCCUCCAAUCUCUAAAAGAAAUGAAAAUAAAAAGUUAAACUAUAAAAACAGCUGCCAUGAAUAAGCAAUGAAUAUCCGUAUAGCUACUAUAUCAAAAACAGGUAAACACCCUUCAGAGUAUAUUCCUACAAACAAAAAUAAAAUUGUAAAAAAGAAUAACUUGUUUAAUUCCUUGAACUUGCUGAAUGAUUUCAUUUAUGGAAGCUAAUCCGGAAAAGUAAUGAUCAUCUUUGCAUUUCAAUUUGAAGACUCCAUUUGCCGAGAUUAAAUCCAGGAUAAGAUCCCAUCUUUACUGUAAAUCCUAAGAGACACAUAACAACAAGAGUGGCUUUCUUUGCUGAGCACAAAUGGAAACCUACACAGUUUCAAUUCCCAGCUUGACUGCAAAUCAAGUCUAAACUCUCCAUAAUAAUUACUAUAGACCAAUCUUACCUAAUGUUUCAGGAAUGUUUAGCAAUGGUAAAUUAUUUCUACGAAAUAGACCUUAUAAACAGGUCCCUUCAUCUUGAAGAGCCUUUCUUAAUUUCAGCAGAUGGCUUGUGCCUGCCUGCAGAUCCAUUCCUGCUUUUUGCCCUGCUUUUCUUAAGAGCAGAUGGAAAAGCACAAGUGCUUCUAUUUUUAAUACGGUUUUAAAAAUCAAGCUAAAAUGUAAAAUGGUGACGUGUAUUAAGCAAACCAUUAUUAUAAUUUGAUGCUUCAAGAUUGUAACCCUCUACUUUUUUGCCAGGGAAUAAGUCCAGUGCACUGCGGGAGUGAUUUCUGAGUAGACAUAAGUAUUGUGUUAUACAGUAAGUGAACUUUGUCAUAAGCACGUAAAUAAAGUGCUUACUUGUAUAUACA